GUUUCUCUAGGUUGCUUCCUAGGUAACAUUCAACGGUCUCUCUAGAUGCAGUUAACUGUAGUAUAAAGUCGGAAACGAAUAACCUCGGUUUGAAGCGGAAACAGAGAAAUCGGCUCGGCUCUCGAGUCUUCUUCUUCCCCGGACCUCGUCCAACUUCCCGCUCUCUCGGUCUGUCUCUCCCACUGCACUUCACCUGGCCGUCUCCUGUCUUUUCUGCCUCUGGGAAUCGGCCGUUCGAUUUUCUUCAUCGCAUAUACUACGCAGCCAUGGCCAGUGGACUACGGAUUCUAGUACCCGUUAAACGGGUGAUUGACUUUACGAUCAAACCCCGCAUCAACAAGACCCAAACGGGCGUCGAAACAGCCGGUUUCAAGCAUUCCCUGAACCCCUUCGAUGAACUCUCCGUCGAGGAAGCCGUUCGACUCCGCGAACGCAAGGGACCGCUGAAGGUUGAAAAUAUCCUCGCUCUCUCCGCCGGCGGUCCCAAAUGCAGUGACACCCUCCGUACCGCCAUGGCCAUGGGCGCGGACCGAGCCUUUCACGUCGAAGUACCCGAGAAUGAAGUCGGUGGGCUGGAGCCCCUUACUGUGGCCAAAUUGCUGCAGGCUGUCGUCAAGAAGGAGAAUAUCAAUCUUGUCUUCGUCGGAAAGCAGUCCAUCGACAGUGAUCAGGGCCAGACGGGUCAGAUGCUCGCUGGUCUCCUCGGAUGGCCCCAGGCGACACAGGCCAGCAAGGUGGAGAUUAAAGAUGAGAAUGGCACUAUCGAAGUGACUCGUGAGGUUGAUGGUGGUGUGGAAACACUACGCACUAAGUUGCCCAUGGUCAUCACGACGGAUUUGCGGUUGAACGAGCCGCGCUAUGCCAGCUUGCCGAAUAUCAUGAAGGCGAAGAAGAAGCCAUUGGAGAAGAAGAAGCUAGAAGAUUUCGGCGUUGAGGACAAGAAGCGGUUGAAGACGAUCAAGGUCACUGAACCCCCACCACGUCAAGGUGGCGGCAAGGUUGAGGAUGUUGACGGACUUAUUGGCAAGUUAAAGGAACUUGGUGCCCUGUAGAAUGGAUAGAAAGAGGAAGUUUAUUGCCAUGCUUUCUUCUGUUUAAUCCGUCUGUAUACCACUUUCUUUGACGAUUGUUUUCAAAUUCUCGAGACCCCAAAACGGAUUUUGGAGUCCUGCAUGUUACAUGCUGUGCCAGACAGGACUAUUGGAAGAAUCCCAGGUAUAGAUUUGGCACUUGGUCCAUGGACAUGAUUACGAGGUGGCUAGUCAUGCAAGUCGGGCGUACUCUCAGUGGAAUGAAAGCGUGCAUAUGCUAUUCCGUAUAAUAAUGCAUGUGCCAGUCUAAUUGGAAAGAUUAUGUCGAAUC